AGCUUUCCACAAAAUCUGCUUUGCACUUUCCAAAAACGAUUUUUCAACCCUGAAACAGAAAUAUUUGAAAAAUUGAUCAAGAGCAAUUUUCAGCAUAAGUGAUACCAGGAAAUCACUUAUUUGCGGAAGGACACAUCCCGUACCGGCAAGCCAGGGGGCGCGUCAGUCGCGAAACAUUUUGGGUGGCGGCCGGUGAGCUCCGAGCUUGUGUGGUGUGGACUGCUUGUGGACUAAAUCAUCACAUCAAAAUGUCUUGGCAACAGUACGUAGACGAUCAGCUCAUCGGCACCAAAAUUAUUGAUGAAGCGUGUCUAGCGGGUCAUGAUGGAGUCAUCUGGGCGACGAGUCCCGGCCUCGGCGCGCAGCCCGAUCAGAUCAAAACCCUGGUGCAGGCAAUGGACAACUCAGACGUAGUGACCACCAACGGCUUCAGCAUAGGCGACAUGAAGUACGUCUACCUCUCCAGCAUCCCCGGCAAAGUGAUCCGGGGCAAGGCCAAGGGACAAAAGUCCGGCGUCCACGUUUGCCUGACCAAGCAAGCCAUCAUCGUCGGCCGGUACAGCGACCCCGUCACCGGCGGAGAGGCCGCCAAAGUUGUGGAAAACCUAGGCGAUUACUUGACGGGCGUCGGCUAUUAAAUGGACGCUGCGUGAUGUGGCUGAGCCUGCCGUGACGGCGCGAGCAGCCGGGGGCAGCCGGCGCCGCCCCCGCGCCUCUCCUCUCUAUCUCUCUAUCUCGGCCGGCACGCGCACAACGGGCCGUCACAUUCCAGGUCUGCGGGCGAGCUGUGACGGCGCGCGGCCGCCGUGCGUCACCCGGCGCGCCGCGCGCCCGGCCGCCCCCCUUCCAGCGCCGCCCAGCCGCUCCGCUCCCCAAACACACAACGUACACACAUACACACACGCCCAGUUUUGUAAUAUUGUUUUGUAAGUGCGCGCGCGUGCUGCCGGGCGCGCGCGCGCGGCGUGGGGCGGUCGGCUCUCCUCCGUUGUUCAUCAGUCCAGUCUUGGCGAUGCUAAAUUCUUUCCAGGCGCCGGCGCGCCAGUGCAAGUGGGCGCGCGGGCGGGCCGACUGUGCGUGCGCGCGCGCGCGCGAGUGAGAGAGCGAGCGAGUGUGGCCGCUGGGCGUGACUGGGUGGGCGGCACUGCGAGUGAGCGCGCGGGCAGUGCCGCCGCCGGGCCGGACGGAUGGACGGAACGACCUGCAAGGUCAAUCGGAAGGAACUCUGAUAAAACGCGUGAUCCAGCGAGGCGACAAAGUCAGCUUAACUAUACUUAAGUGAUGUUAAAACGAGAUAAUUAUCCGAUCUGAAUCAGUCAGGCUUCCUCUUCUGUGAAUAACCGUGUGGUGUGAUUUUACUUGCAGUCAACGGAGUUCGUUUAAAUUUGUAUCAAAAAUCGUUUCUUCCAACAGGGUUCUUGCUUCUAUAUUCCGGUUCUGGAAUAUAUAUCGCUUGCCUAGUUUUGUAUCCUCGUUAAGCAAUGUAUUCUGGGUCCCGUUAUGUUUUUGUACUAAGCGAUUGAAGGCCCCCAAAUAAAUUUAUUCGAAAGA